CCCGCCUACAAGUUGCCUGAAUUCGCGCGCGUACUUACCACAUUCGAUUAUACCAAUUCUUAUUAAACAAUGGUCGCAUUGACUUCUGCAAGUGGUGUCAUCGCGCUAUUGGACGAAGACCAAGUCGAACUUAAAACCUAUGCUCUUCAAAAACUCAACACUCUUGUCAAUGACUUUUGGGCGGAAAUAUCAGACUCUGUAGGAAAGAUUGAGAUCUUGUACGAAGAUUCCGAGUUUUCCGAGCGAGAGCUGGCUGCUUUGGUGGCAUCCAAGGUAUACUAUCAUCUUGGAGAACUUGACGACGCACUGACCUUUGCCUUGGGUGCUGGAAAUCUCGUUGAUGUCUCCCAGAAAUCAGAAUACAUUGAAACGAUAAUCUCGCAAUGUAUUGAUAAGUAUAUCGCCCUCAGAAGUCGAGCACAAGAUGACCAGAGCGAAGAUGUCGACCCUAGACUUCAAAGCAUUGUUGAACGCAUGUUCCAACGAUGUAUAGACGAUGGAGAAUACAAACAAGCAAUUGGUAUUGCGCUAGAGUCAAAACGACUGGAUGUAGUGGAAGACGUCAUUUCAAAAGGAAAUCCGCACGAAUUACUGUCCUUUGUUAUCGAAGUCAGCAUGACCUUGGUUCAAAAUCUGCAAUUCCGUAAUGAGGUAUUGCGAUUACUUGUCAAACUUUACCAAAAUUUGGAUGAACCAGAUUACGUAUCCGUCAGCCAAUGCCUUGUUCACUUGAAUGAUCCUGCUGCCUGCUCAAAUAUGUUGGAAACUCUUGUGGCCAAAAACACAGAUGAAUCUUUGUUGAUGGCAUUCCAAAUUGCAUUCGACUUGGAAGACAGUGCCACACAAGACUUCUUGCUAAAGGUUAUACAAGACCUUCCUGCCACGAAAAAGACCGAAGCAAAUGAAAUGGACACAGAUGAUGCACCUACUGAUCCUAACAAUGACAGCUUUUCAAAAAUCAAGACCAUUUUAUCUGGCGAAGAAACCAUCAAGCUUUAUCUUGAGUUUUUGUACCGCAAAAACCAUACUGAUCUUUUGAUUCUCAAGAACACUAAGAACGCCCUCGAGUCUCGAAACUCCGUUUAUCAUUCUGCGGUCACCUUUGCCAACGCAUUUAUGCACGCUGGAACAACCAGUGAUGAAUUUUUACGUCAAAAUUUGGAUUGGUUGCAAAGAGCGACAAACUGGUCCAAGUUCAGCGCAACUGCAGCUCUUGGUGUCAUCCACAAGGGUCAACUUUCGCAGUCCAUGGGACUUCUUGCUCCAUAUCUUCCUCAAGAAGGCGUUAGUGGCCAUAGCUCUUAUUCGGAAGGUGGCUCUCUCUUUGCACUUGGUUUGAUCAAUGCCAACCAUGGCGGUGAUGUUUUAGACUAUUUACGCAAAGCUCUUCGGGAUACACAGUCAGAAGUCUUGCAGCAUGGUGCUUGUCUUGGUCUCGGUGUUGCCGGCAUGGCAACUGAUAAUGAAGAGGUUUUCGAAGAUCUUAAGAACGUACUUUUCAGCGAUAAUGCUGUGGCUGGCGAAGCUGCUGGUUUGGCUAUGGGUCUUGUCAUGUUGGGUACGGCGAACGCUUCUGCCAUUGACGAGAUGUUCCGAUACGCUCAUGAGACUCAGCAUGAAAAGAUCAUUCGAGGUUUGGCGAUUGGUAUGUCAAUGAUCAUGUAUGGCAAGGAAGAGCAGGCGGACACCUUGAUCCAGGAGCUUGUCAAUGAUAAGGAUCCCGUUCUACGAUAUGGUGGUAUCUAUACCGUUGCUAUGGCUUAUUGCGCCACCGGAAAUAACAAGGCUAUUCGAAGACUGCUUCAUGUUGCUGUCAGUGAUGUCAACGAUGACGUUCGUCGUGCUGCAGUUACUGCUCUAGGAUUCAUCCUGCUUAGGAAUCCAGACCAAGUUCCUCGCAUUGUUCAACUUUUGUCAGAAAGUUAUAAUCCUCAUGUCCGGUAUGGUGCAACACUUGCCCUUGGUAUCUCUUGUGCUGGUACUGGAUCCAUGGAUGCGAUCGAGUUGUUGGAACCCAUGACCCGCGACCCCGUUGAUUUUGUCAGACAAGGUGCUUUAAUCUCUCUAGCAAUGAUUUUGAUCCAGCAAAACGAUGCGACCAACAGCAAGGUCAGCACAGUCCGCAAACUCUACGAAAAGAUCAUCAGUGAUAAACAUGAAGAUUCCAUGGCCAAAUUCGGUGCUGUCCUCUCGCAAGGUAUCAUCGAUGCUGGUGGUCGCAAUGUCACUAUAUCCCUUCUCUCACGCACAGGACACACCAAUAUGCCUGCCAUUGUCGGCAUGGCUGUCUUUACUCAAUUUUGGUACUGGUAUCCACUAACUCACUUCUUGAGUUUGGCUUUUACUCCGACCGCCAUUAUUGGUUUGAAUAAGGAUAUCAAAAUUCCUCAGUUCGAGUUCUUAUCCAAUGCCAAGCCUUCUCUCUUUGCCUACCCACCGGCAAUCAAGCCACCAACGACAACCGUCGUCGAAAAAGUUGCCACAGCUGUUCUAUCCACUACAGCCAAAACUAAGGCACGUGCGAAGAAGAAUGAAAAGGGUGAUUUGAUGGAUGUGGAUAAGGAAGUUCAAGCAUCUACAUCAGCAGAGGCUGCCAAGUCUGAUGAAAAGAAGGAAGCGGAAGAGAAGAAGACCAAGAAGAAGAAGGAGGAAAACUUUGAAGUACUUGAAAAUAUGGCUCGUGUUGUUCCAUCUCAACUCAAGCACGUUGCAUUUAAACCUGACUCACGAUAUGUCCCUAUCAAGAAGGGUACAGUUGGCGGCAUUCUUCUUAUGGUUGAUAAACACCCCGAUCAACCUGAAGAGUUUAUUGAUCCUAGUGCACCUACUGCUGAAUCCUCAGCAGCCAAUGGAGCACAAGAUGAAGCACCGCCCUUUGAACCAUUUGAAUACACCUUUGACGAUUAAACUUGAGCAAUGAAAACAUGUCAUGCAAUGCAAUGUAAUAAAAAAAUAAAUGAUUUUCAAGAGAUGCCAUAGCGUCAAAAGUGCUGUCGC